AUGGAUGGGAGGCGAAGUGAUGCAAGGAAGAUGAGAAGAAGGAGAAGGGAAAAAAAGAUAAGAAAAUGCCCGAGCGAGCAAACAAAGUGUGUAAGUGGUUGGCGAAGAAAGACGGGAACCAGCGCGAGCGAGGGCAAAGAGUGGGAUCCAAGAUGCUGGGAUCCAAUGUCAGGGACUUGCUGGGAUGAUUGGGAUGGCGGGCGCAGAUGGGCGCCGAUGGAGUCGAGGAGUCGAGUCGGUCGACAGCGUAAAAGUGACAGUGACAGAAACAGAAACAGACCAGGGGUUGCAGAUGCGAUAGCCCGGAAAUUGUACGGCGAUGAUGCGGUGCGACACAACAAGCGAAAGCCUAGACAGGCAGGACAGAGCACGAUAAAGUACAGUACCGUUACAGUACUGUCUAGAUCGUGGGCGGCAGCGAUAACAGUAUCGACUUCGCUGCUUGGAGAAGAGACAAUCCGGAGAAGCUGUGUGCAACAACCAACUGAUAUUGAUAACAACGAUGAUAAGGAUGUGCAGAGGCCAGUGGUAGAGGGUAAAACCUGGGCUGGAGGCUUGACCCUUGUCUUUUUCCUCUCAGAUUUCGACGUCAUCAAUCAAAAACGACCGACUGGGCCAAAAUCAGCUACCUAG